CAAAUCAGUAGUAUUUGAAUGGCUGAACGGGCCAAAACGUGAGAAACUCUAAACUGAGGCGGAAAUUCCAAAGUGGAAGCUACACCACUGAUCUCUGGCCACAAAUCAACGGAUAUUACUUGGGACUGCUUCGCCUUACCAGAAGUGGAUAAAAUACUUGGUGAAAACUGAGAUUCAGUGACGAUUCAAGGUUCCAAUUGGGUGGCAUGUUUGAACUUUGAGCGAAAUUCGGUCGAGCAGCUGAACAGCCGAUAAGCUUUAUCAUCUUCUGCCCAAUUCUUGGGCAAUACGAUAAUCAUAAUUCCCAAAGCAUAAUCCAAUAUUCAAGGCCCCUCCUAAAAAUGGCAGCACAAAGUAAGCUUCUUGAAGCAGCCAUCGAGUGCAGCUGCCACAAGUAUGUGCAUCCAUGGACCUCCAGUUGUGCCGCUGCAGCAGCAGGCAUGAUGAUCGCUGAGGUUGCACCCAGUUUUCGCACUUAUUCCACGGUGUAUUUGCUCGCUUUGAUCGUGAGGAUGCGUGUGCCUAGGCUGCAAGACCUCUGGCGCACUCUUACUGGCAUUCUCCAGUCGACUGCCUUCCUCUCCAUGAACGGUGGGCUCUUCGUCUUUUGCGUGUGCCUAAUCCGACAGCUCCUGGGUCGCUUUUACUUCUCAACGGUGGCCUUUUUUCCUUCGUUUCUGGCCAGCUGGCUCUCCAUCGCCAUAGAGCGGCCGGAGCGUCGCACUCCACUGGCCCUGUACGUGGCCAAUGUGGGCAUUGAGACCGUGUGGAACAUGCUCGAGUCGAGGGGCUUGGUCCGCUCCCUUCCUAAUGGACAAGUGCUCAUCAUGGGCCUGAGCAUCACCGCUCUGAUGUAUCUUUACCGCGUGGGACUCCACAAAACAGUGGCCAAGGAUGCCACCUUCAAGGGGCUGCGUGUGAUUCUUGGCAAGGAGGAGGAGGGUCCGCUCAAGACACCGACUGUCACCACCACACAAAGCUCCCGCCAGCGUCCUUUGAACUUCCAAAGUAUUUCCGCCUAUGUACAGGUGUACGAUCGCCUGAGGACCGCCAAGCAUCCCAGUUGUCCGCAUCGGCAGGGCUGUGCUCCGUAUGCUCUCUCCGGCGGAUUGAAGCCAUUCCUGGGCGGCCUGGGACUGCAGGUUGGCCUGAAGCUACUGCUCAACAUAACCAAGAUUGUUAAGAUGAAGAUGCAGUGGCGCAAACAGAUCUUCAACAAGGGUUCUCUGCAGCUGGGACUGGCUUUGGGUAGCUUCUCACUGCUCUACAAGACAAUUUCCUGUGGCCUGCGACACACCUGCGGCCAUGACAAUGCUCUCUUUGCCAUUCCUGCUGGCUUCAUUGGUUCAAUUGGGCUGCUUCGUUUUCCCAACACCACGGUGGCCAUGUAUCUGAUGUGGAAGGCCCUGCAGCUGCUGUACAACUGGGGCAUUGCCGAGGGCAAGCUGCCGGAAUUGCCACACUUCAAUAUGAUCAUGUAUGGCUUCUUCACGGGCGUGCUCUUCCAUGCGGCCAUCCUGGAGGCGCGUAGCCUGCGACCCAGCUACUACAACUUCCUCAUGAACAUCUCCGGCAAUCGCAUCAGUCGCUUCAAUGUGGUGCCCUUCGAGGCGUACGCUCUGAAGAGCCAGGAUCAGAUUAACCAUGUGAUUAAGAAACUGAAAAUAGACAUGACAUCGCCCUUCCCUACAUACCCGCUCACUGUUUGAGCUGGAGCUGGACGGUUUGAAAAAAUUCAAAUAAAA